CUUUAUCUUUAUAUAAUGUUGAAUUAAUCAAAUUAUUUCCAUCCAAAUUUUAGACACUUGAAAAAUUCGUUUGAAGAAAUGAUUUUAAGACAAGAUAUUUCAAAUAAAAAUUGCUUGUUUUUUAAUGUAGAUUACAGAAAUAAUUAUCAUACGUAGAUUCUCAUUUGAAAUUUUAAAAUAUUUUCAGUAUUCCUUUAGAAGAAAUGAGAGAGUAAUAGUUUUCUACAUAAAUUAAAAUUAAUUAAUUAAUAGAUCUUAAAAUUUAUAAAAUUUGAAAUCAAACGAUUUUUUAAUUGCGCAGUUUUCGAGACAUUAAGACUGUUAAACUUUAUGUGGACUUCCUUAUUGAAUACUCAAGUUUUGUUCAAUAUUUGACGAAUAAUUAAGCGUAUAAAAUAAUUAUUUUUAUUGAAACUGGAAUUGUGUUCUAGCGCAGUAACGGGAAUUUUCUCUUUGCGGUGCGUUUGUUUCUCAACAAAAUAUAUUUCGUGAUUGCGACUGUCACCAUAAUAUGCACAUGUGGGUACCCUUAUGCGAUUACAUUUUGCUUAUUAUGUAACUGUGCGUGAAACGGCAUAUAUAAACGACAUUAAGUAUACAUAUAUGAUGUAUUGCUUGUGAGUUCAACUAGUAUACUUCAUAUCACACGAAUAAGUUACAUAGAAGGAAUAAGUUACAUACUGUCUGUUUCAGAAUUUCUUUAUCACAUAUUUGAUCUAAUAAUGGCAAAAGUGAUGAGAUUCAUGUGGCUAUUAUUUGCGACGGUUACAGUAGUGCAAAUGAAACCUCUGAAUUCACCAUUUGAUGAAUUUACCAACGAAGUCGAUCGUAGUAAUGCGAAUUUGCAAAAAAAUCUAUUUGAUUUGAAGAAACAGCGACGAAGUUCUGCUUUAUCCACUGAUGAGGCAUCAAUAAAAGCGAACGCACAAAUUGAUACUUCAAGCUCGGCAGCUGAUAUGAUCGAUACGACCGUACAGUCUGAGAACUCAACGACAAAACCAGGUCCAUUCUCUUGGUUUCUGAUGCCACUGGCACAGAAAGUCCAGUUCUCGCCACAAUCAUUUCUACAAGAUCGCCUGCUUCUACUGAGAGAAACACUGAAUAAUUUAGGCAUAACUAUAUUACAAAACGCAACAGCAAAACAGUUAGUUGGGCCUAGCACCCUGGUGCACUUCUUAGCUCCGACUGAUUCUGGUUUCUACACAAAUCGGUUGGAACCGGCUGGUUUUCUCGGCGGUAAUGGCUGGUUUGCCAACAAAGGCGGUAUUCUUGGUGGACCGGGAGCUAUAGUCUCUACCGGAAGCCUUCUUACAGAUUAUCCGACUUCUUACAGAAGAAAGUAGGACGAAAUAUUGUUUAUUCAGAUACAAUCAAUGUAAAUAAUCAAAGAGCAAAAAUUGCGUUUCCAUAUGUGAAAUAAUAUUUAUUGAGCAAUUUUUGAAAAAAUUUUAGGUUUAUCAAGUAAGUUAUUUAUCAUUCAUGAUCGUUGCAGAUUUAUUAUCUCUUUUUUAAUCAUUUGAUUAAAAUAUUAAAGAGUAAUCAGUAAUAUUAAAGAGCAAAGAACACACAUAGUAUUUCUUCUGAUUCUAUUCUGGUUCUAUUUCUCUCUACAAGAAAUUAUUAAUAAAAUAUCUUGACAGAAAUUAAAUUUGAGAAAUGCGAACAGAUUAAGUAAAUUCCCAGCAAACACUAAGUUAUAUGUAAUAUAAAUGUUAUAUAACACACGCGUUAUAUAUAACAGUUACAUUGUUGAGCGGGAAAUUACAACUAACAUUUAUAUUACAUGUAACUUCGUGUUUGCUGGGUCAAUAAUCCAAAUGCAAUGUCACAUUUUUGUAUAUAUGUAUUUAUGAUAUAUUAUGAUGUAUUUUUAUUAUUUUUUUAUGUACAUCUAUAUCCAUAUGAUAAUAAAACAGAUUGAAAAAAUUAAAAUAAAU